GCAGGUGAUCUCGCUACCUGUUGGUCUGUCCGGACUCUGAUCACACCCUCUGGCGUUUAACUACAUGUACCCUCAGACCCACAGACGAUGGCGGCGCAUCGACAGGCAUGACGACAUCCCGAUUCGCCCAAGAACUAGGCCUGAUGGGUCAUGGACCCGCUUUAUCUGUGCUCGGCGGAUCGAAUUCCAUGGAUCGGGCCGGUGAUUUUUCUCUCGGCGCCCGUUUUCUUCUCGUCCUUUACCUCUCCGACGAUGCACAUGGAACUGCGCGGGCCAUGGGUUCCCGAGCAAGCGCAAUUUGACCUCCGGAAGCGCGACAUGACAUCCCUCCGACCAUCCCGCAUCCCCGAAUAACUCGCAAAAAAUCGAUCCGGGCUUGCGAUAGCACGACAAGAAGCGAUUCAGAUCGCCAUGGUUUCGGGAGCAGCGGCGGCGCUCAUGUGCCGCGCCGCGCUGUUGCCGCGAAGCAAUGCCGGCAUGGCCGUGGUUGCCGGCUUGGGCGGCGUGAGCUGUCCGGCUGCUCCGGCGGUGGCCCGAUCUUCUUUUCUCCCGCCGACCUUUGCCUUCUCCGGCCGACCGCCCACCCGCCAACUCACUUCCGGCCCUGGGGGUUGGAAGACGCCAACGGCCCCCCAAACGCCGGGCUACAACCCCGGGCGCGGGCCGACGCAGCGCUUUUCCGCUCCCCGCCAAUCGCUCGGGCAGCCACGGUGGGCGUCUCCGGUCAACGCGCUCCGGUACCUCUCGAUGACGCGGCCGACGCAGCAGCCGAAAAGCGAGCCGAAUGAGACGACGGCGGUCGGCAACAAGCAGGAGCUCGCCCCCGCGGGUUUGAAAGAGGAGGUGGUGGACCAGCAUCUUACAGCGCAUGGGUUCCAGCGGAGCGAAAAGGCCGCAAAAGCCGCGCACGUCAACCUGAGCGCGCGGCUCUCUAAGGAAGGUGUUGGCGCAAAGGGCAAGCCAGGCCUUUCCGAGGUGUGGAGGUUGAUUAAGAUCGCCCGGCCCGAGGUAAGGUGGCUCGCUGCAGCAUUCGUGCUGCUGCUUAUCUCUUCCGCGGUAACCAUGUCGAUACCCUUUUCGGUGGGCAGAAUCAUGGACCUCUCCACGAAAGGCCCCAUCGACGAGGUUCAUAUUUUCGGGCUCACCCUGAGGCAAUUCUUCUACGGUCUUGCUGCGGUGUUGACCGUCGGCGCGAUGGCGAACUUUGGGCGGAUCAUCCUUCUGCGCAUAGUGGGUGAGCGCGUUGUCGCGCGCCUGCGGUCGCAGUUGUACCGGCGUACCUAUGUGCAGGACGCCGAGUUCUUUGACGCCAACCGUGUCGGCGACCUGAUCUCACGGCUGAGCUCGGACGCCGUUAUUGUCGGCAAGAGCAUCACGCAGAACAUGUCGGACGGACUGCGAGCGUUGGUCAGCGGCGCGGCUGGGUUCGUCAUGAUGGCCUGGAUGAGUCCCAAGUUGACGUCCAUUAUCUUGGUCAUGGUUCCGCCUAUCGCCGUCGGGGCCGUCUUGUACGGGCGCAGUAUCCGACACCUGAGCCGGCAGUUGCAGAAGAACGUGGGUACCAUGGUCAAAAUUGCCGAAGAGCGCCUGGGCAAUGUCAAGACAAGCCAGGCUUUCGCCGGCGAGAUUCAGGAGGUCGCCCGGUACAACAAGCAGAUCAAGAAGAUCUUUGCGCUCGGAAAGAAGGAAUCGUUCAUUUCAGGGACAUUUUUCGCCUCGACCAGCUGGGCAGGUAAUAUGACCAUCUUGGCCAUGCUCAUCGUCGGCGGCAACCUCGUCCGUUCAGGAGCCAUGUCCAUCGGCGACUUGACCUCUUUCAUGAUGUACACUGUCUUUGCAGGGUCCAGCCUUUUCGGCGUCAGCGGUUUCUACUCGGAGCUGAUGAAGGGCGUCGGCGCCGCCAGCCGACUGUUCGAGCUCCAGGACCGCAAGCCGACAAUCCACCAGACCGUGGGCAUGAAAGUCACGUCAGCCCAAGGGCCCAUCAGAUUCAACAACAUCACAUUUGCGUACCCGACACGGCCCGCGGUCAACAUCUUCAACGGCCUCGAUUUCGAGAUCCCGUCCGGCAGCAACGUCUGCAUCGUGGGCCCCUCCGGCGGCGGCAAGUCGACGGUCGCGUCGCUCCUGCUGCGCUUCUACAACCCGAACUCGGGUUCCAUCACCAUCAACGGCGUCGACAUCGCCAAGAUGAACGUCAAGUCCCUACGGCGGCGCAUCGGCAUGGUCGCCCAAGAGCCCGUCCUCUUCUCGGGGACCAUCGCCGAGAACAUCGCCUAUGGCAACCCCAACGCGACCCGCGCCGAGAUCAUCGCGGCCGCGCAGAAAGCCAACUGCGGCUUCAUCAGCGACUUCCCCGAGGGCCUAGAGACCCAAGUCGGCGCGCGCGGCGCCCAGCUCUCGGGCGGGCAGAAACAGCGCAUCGCCAUCGCGCGGGCCCUGCUGAAAGACCCGGACAUCCUGCUGCUCGACGAGGCCACGUCGGCGCUCGACGCCGAGUCCGAGACCCUGGUCAACGCGGCGCUGGGCGAGCUGCUCAAGGGGCGCAGCACGACCAUCUCGAUCGCCCACCGGCUUUCGACCAUCAAGCGGUCCGACCAGAUCAUUGUGCUCUCCGCCGAGGGCACCGUGGCCGAAAUCGGGAGCUACGCCGCGCUGAGCGCGAACAAGGAGAGCGCCUUCAGCAAGCUCAUGGAGUGGCAGAUGAGCGGCGGGGAGGUGUCGGCUGAUCAGAGGCCACGGCGGGUCAUCGAGGAGAAGGUCGUCGAGGAGGAUCUGGAGGAGCACGACGAUGAUGCCGCCGAGGAAGAGGAGGAGGAGGAACGGAAGAGGCGCUGAACAGAGCGACGCCUGGCAUUUCUGGAUGCGUGAAUCAUCGGCAUCUAGGCAAGAGCAUGCUUUUUUCUUUUUGCGGUGGCAUGCUCGAUGGUAAUUGAGGACCUCAGUUAGGGUCCCUCAGAUACAGACCGCUUGAUGGACAUUUUCCCCGGGCUGAUGGGGAAUCAUUGCGCCGUCCCGAGUCUGCGUGUCUUCUAUCUACUUGAAGGCUUUCAACCCAAAUAGAGCUGCAUCAUGGCGGCGUAGGAAGGGGCAGGCGUCUUUGUUGGCAUUUUGUCGAAAGUAAUGUACGGUUAUACCACCAUUUUCCACUCGAGGAUUUGCUCUCCACUCGAAGAAGGAUUGGCGUAGCCAAUGG